AUGGCCGACGCAUACGGCCAGGAGACAGAAAAGGAAGGAGCAGAUGUUGCACCCUCCUCGACCGCCCUCAAUGGUAUCUCUGGAGGCGAUCUCGGGGCGUCCGCCUCGAUACAACAGUUGAUUUUUGACGAAUUCGUGGCGCCGUUUGACGCUGGACACAUGGACGACGUCUUCGUCUCCUACCUCUUCCCGGAUUCAGAAGACUUUCCAGGGACCGGCCACGACGCAAAUUGGCACAUGGGCUGGCAAGGGUGCGAUGUAUCAACACCAUUCGCCACCCCUCACGCUCCCGAUCCUUUCAGCCCCUUGGUAGACUCUUUGACACAUUUUACCCUGUCGUUGCCCGAGGGCCACCCUGAGCGUGCCCUGAACGACCGGUUAGCAAGAGCUUCUGCCCUGUUUUCGAAAAAGAACGUUGAACGUUUCAUCGGACACUAUUUCCGAGACUAUAGCCCGCACAGCCCCAUAUUAGUUCCGGGAACGUUCCGAAUCAGCUCAGCUUCGCCGUAUGUGCUGAUCGUCAUCAUCGUCACAGGAGCAAUGUUUUCUUCAAGUCCGGGUGACAUUGAACUGGCGAGAGGGAUCCUCGAACUGGUGGAGCUGUAUGUCUUCAGCAACGAAAACUUCGUGAAGCUACUCCAAGCACCGUAUCAUGCUCAAUACACAAAUGACGUCGGGGCAUGGGACGCUCUCCAAGCCGCCUUCUUCAUCACUCAGAUCCAGCUUCGAGAAGGCUCUCUUGCCAAGCGGAAGGAAGCCCGGACGGCUCGUUUCGAAGAGAUUAUAUCUGGUGUCCACGCUUUUGGACUCCUGCAGACCCGCAAUCCUUUUUUCCACGCCGAACCACCACUGCCAGAAACGUUCCAGUGGGAUCAAUACGGUGACAGCGAAACCAAGAUACGACUUGUAUGUGGUGUCUUCAAUCUCGAUGCAAGCUUCACCAUCCUCUAUAAUAUGACUCCUCGGUUAUUCGCCGAAGAGGUGGAGGUCGAUAUGCCUUGUCCGGCCGAGGCUUUCUUCGCCGACAGUGCCCAGGACUGCUACCAAGUUUCACUCAAGGAGCACGGAAUCCAGACUCUGCACCUUUCCGAGCUAUGCAAUGCUUUCUUGCAAGACACAUGGAGUGAGCAACAGCGCACCUCCAUGCUGAGCCUGUCGCUGCUCCAUUUGUUCACUCUCAUCUUGGCCCUUUUGCAGACCCUGUGGCUAUCCCCGUACAGACCCAGGAAAUGGCAGUUGAUGCAGCGCAUGGCAGUUGCGCUGGAAAGGUGGAGGGACGUCUGGGAUUUCCAGAACACGAAAUUGACCCCCCGGCAACGCGAGCGCUUUGGCUUCUUGAAAACCGCGCCUCUCGAGUUCUGGCAGAUCGCAAGUGUUCUUGUAAAGAAAAAGGCGACCCGGUUGGAUAGAGCGGUUGACCAGAGCAAUCUAUAUGCCGCCAACAACGGCCGAUAUGGAAGCUGCCUGCAGUGUGCACAGGAUUUGCUCCAAAAGGUCGACAAGGAACAGGCGUAA